AUUCGACUCGGCCCAAUGUAGAACCACCCACAGGUCGGUUAUCCAUUCCCACGCGAUGGCUUGUCCUCCUAAAUGUCAUCCCUCUUUAGCGGCACUCUCAAUCCGUCUUCAGCCGCACGCCGCCGCCGGAAGCGCCUCUCUUUAUAAACGCAUACACACACGUAAAACUGUUGCAUACCCGUAGUCCCGUACCAAUCUCAACCCUAAUCCGAGCCCGCCUCUGGACGAAUCCCUAAUUUCGCAUCGUAUCCAAACAAUGGAUUCACAGGUCAACAAUCUCUACGACACCGCGUCGCAGCCGGACACCGGCAACGACGACGCCUACACGUUUCUCGAGUUCAAUACUCAAGGCGAGGACUUCGAUUACCCGGAGUUUCGCGAGCUUUCCCAGCCUAUUCGAUCGCCUGCGUGGCCCACGCCAUCGGAUUCUUUGGUCUCUGAAUCUGCCGCAGACAGGCCUCCCUCCUCGGAUGCCUCGCCAUCGGCUAAAUCCCGUAGUGAUGGAGCUGGGAAUGGCGCCGGUGGAAGUAGUAAUAGUAAUAGUGGAAGUCACCAGGCUGCCACUGUUGAUGCCUUGGUCGCCGGGAUGAGCGGAUUGAACUUUGAGGAGACUGGGGAUGAAGAGGGUUUUGAGUACGGAAAGGGGAAUUUUGCAGUGGAGCAUGCUUGUAGAUAUUGUGGUGUCACGAAUCCUGCUUGUGUUGUGAGGUGCAAUGUGCCAUCUUGUCGCAAGUGGUUCUGCAAUUCCAGAGGAAACACUUCUGGAUCGCAUAUUGUCAAUCACCUAGUUCGAGCAAAACACAAAGAAGUGUGUCUUCAUAAAGAUAGUCCACUGGGAGAGACCAUUCUAGAGUGUUACAAUUGUGGUUGUCGAAACAUUUUUCUUUUAGGCUUCAUCUCUGCCAAGACAGAUAGUGUUGUCGUUCUCCUAUGUAGGGAACCUUGUUUGAGCGUUAAUGCAUUGAAAGAUAUGAAUUGGGAUCUGAGUCAGUGGUGCCCUCUCAUUGAUGACAGGUGUUUUUUGCAGUGGCUUGUUAAGGUCCCAUCAGAACAGGAACAGCUGAGAGCUCGCCAGAUUAGUGCUCAGCAAAUAAACAAGAUCGAAGAACUGUGGAAGGCAAACCCUGAUGCUACCCUUGACGAUCUUGAGAAGCCUGGAGUGGAUGAUGAACCUCAACCUGUUGUCUUGAAGUAUGAGGAUGCAUAUCAGUACCAAAAUAUUUUUGCUCCUCUGAUCAAGCUUGAAGCUGACUAUGAUAAGAUGAUGAAAGAGUCUCAAAGUAAAGACAAUGUUACUGUUCGUUGGGAUAUUGGUCUCAAUAAGAAACGUAUUGCAUACUUUGUUUUCCCAAAGGAAGACAAUGAGCUGCGAUUGGUACCUGGUGAUGAGCUGCGGCUGCGUUAUUCAGGAGAUGCAGUUCAUCCAGCUUGGCAAUCAGUAGGGCAUGUGAUAAAAUUAACUGCACUAGAGGAGGUUGCCCUUGAACUUCGUGCUAGUCAGGGUGCUCCAGCUGAUAUUAGUCAUGGGUUUAGCGUGGACUUUGUUUGGAAGAGUACCAGCUUUGAUCGGAUGCAAGGGGCAAUGAAAACAUUUGCUGUGGAUGAGACAAGUGUCAGUGGGUAUAUAUAUCAUCACUUAUUAGGAAACGAAGUUGAGAUGCAGAUGGUACGCAAUGCAUUGCCUCGACGUUUUGGAGCACCUGGUCUUCCAGAGCUCAAUGCAUCUCAAGUUUUUGCUGUAAAAAGUGUCCUUCAGAAGCCCAUAAGUCUGAUUCAAGGUCCACCUGGCACAGGAAAGACUGUCACUUCAGCUGCUAUUGUGUAUCAUAUGGCUAAACAAGGGCAGGGGCAGGUUUUAGUCUGUGCACCCAGUAAUGUUGCUGUGGACCAACUAGCUGAGAAAAUUAGUGCAACAGGUCUUAAGGUGGUAAGGCUUUGUGCAAAGUCUAGGGAAGCUGUCAAUUCUCCUGUCGAGCAUUUAACUCUUCACUAUCAGGUUCGCCAUCUUGAUAUGUCAGAAAAAAGUGAGCUUCACAAGCUGCAAUUACUCAAAGAUGAACAAGGAGAACUGUCCAGCAGUGAUGAAAAGAAAUAUAAAAUUUUGAAACGGGCAACAGAGAGAGAGAUAGCUCAAAGUGCCGAUGUCAUUUGUUGCACCUGCGUUGGUGCUGGAGAUCCUAGAUUGACAAAUUUUAGAUUCCGUCAGGUUCUUAUUGAUGAAUCCACACAAUCAACGGAGCCUGAAUGCCUUAUUCCUUUGGUUCUUGGAGCGAAGCAGGUUGUUCUUGUUGGUGAUCACUGUCAGCUUGGUCCUGUCAUUAUGUGCAAGAAAGCAGCUCGUGCAGGGCUUGCUCAAUCACUAUUUGAGCGCCUUGUGUUAUUGGGAGUCAAGCCAAUUAGGUUGCAGGUACAAUAUAGAAUGCAUCCUGCCCUUUCCGAGUUCCCAUCAAACAACUUUUAUGAAGGAACUCUUCAAAAUGGAGUUACUGUCAAUGAAAGACAAUCAUUAGGCAUUGAUUUUCCUUGGCCUGUGCCAAACCGUCCUAUGUUCUUCUAUGUUCAGAUGGGACAAGAGGAGAUCAGUUCCAGUGGUACUUCCUAUUUAAAUAGAACUGAGGCUGCACAUGUUGAGAAGAUAGUCACUACAUUUUUAAAAAGUGGUGUGGUUCCUAGCCAGAUUGGAGUGAUAACACCAUAUGAAGGUCAACGAGCCUAUGUUGUCAAUUAUAUGUCAAGAAAUGGUUCAUUACGGCAACAACUUUAUAAAGAAAUUGAGGUUGCAAGUGUAGAUUCAUUUCAAGGAAGAGAGAAAGAUUUCAUCAUUCUGUCUUGCGUCAGGAGUAAUGAACAUCAGGGUAUUGGGUUCCUAAAUGAUCCAAGGAGGCUUAAUGUGGCUCUCACUCGUGCUCGUUAUGGUAUUGUGAUCUUGGGAAAUCCUAAAGUUUUGAGCAGACAACCAUUGUGGAAUAGCCUGUUGUCGCACUUCAAGGAGCACGAAUGCUUGGUGGAAGGACCACUAAAUAACUUAAAGCAAAGCAUGGUUCAAUUCCAGAAGCCAAAAAAGAUUUACAAUGACAGGAGGGUUUUCUUUGCUGGAGCUCCUCGAAAUUCCAGCGAUACUGUACCUACUUCUUCAGGUGUCAAUAGUGACAAGAGAAAUACUCGUUCUAGAGGUUACAUUGCUCCUGCCAUGCCCAACGGGGUUCAUACACCCAGUGUCCAUAAUGCGUACCCAAUGCCCCGUGCUCCCGUCCCACCUUACCAUGGAGGUCAUCUGCAGCCUUAUGCCAUACCUACACGUGGGGCUGUGCAUGGCCCUGUUGGUACUGUUCCUCAGUCUGGUAGUCAUGGGUUUGGGGGACAUAACACUCCAAUUGGUGGUCAUCUUCCCUACCAGCAAAGUUCUCAGCAAUCAAUUGGAGGUCUUGGUUCUAACUUCAAUUUCCCAGCAUUGGAUAAUUCGAACAUUCAACCGCUUGCAGGAGGACAGUUAACUCAGCCUGGAUAUGUUUCUAAUGUGGGUUGAUUGAGUUUUUGCUCUACUUUUUUAAUUGAUAGUUUUGUUCAUUUGUGACUGGUUAUCCCAUAUUCCCAUCUCACAUUUCAGGAUAGGUUUUCAAAUGUACCCUUUUUCUUAAACUUUAUGUGUUUCCUUCAAUCUUUUUCUUAUAUUUCAUCAGGAUUUCUUGGGGGAGGAUUUUAAGAGCCAGGGAUCACAUGUUGCAUAUAGUAUUUCAGAAUAUUCCACACAGGCUUCACAAAGUGGGUUUGGUGUUGACUAUGCAACUCAAGGGGCACCCUCUGGAUUGCCUGGGAACUUUGUGAGCCAGAAUGCUCAAACUGGAUACUCUCAAUUUCCUUCUGCAAAUGAAUAUAUGUCACAGGAUUAUAUGGCUCACGGUGCCUAUGGUCUGUUUACACAAGCUGGAUACAACGAGCAUUCACAAGAUGAUGCUUCACAGAAGCAUUUUGGGAUGCCCAACUCCAACCCGCUUCAAUCACAGAGUGUGCCAAAUCCACUUUAUCCCCAGCCAUAUUCCCACUACAACACAACAAUAAACAUGCAAAAUUCCCAACCUCAACAAACCUCAAGGGGUUCAAAUUCACAGAACCUGAACCUUCACUACCAUGGUUGAAGGUCUAGUCUCUCAUCAAUUCAAUGGUUCAUUCUUCUGUCUCCAGCAGCUCGGUUUGUGUGUUGUCCAAUGUGACGAUAUUUAUCUGCACUACUAAGAUCCAGUGCAGUGUUUCCCACUAUUGCAGUUGGGCUACACCCUUUUGGGGGACAAAUUUAAGCAUGUCAGAAGAACACAUUCCAGCACAUCCAAUGCUCUGGGUAGAAGGAAGGCCACAGACAAACCAGGUACACUGUUUGGACUGAAGGGUUUGGGAGGAAAUGGAACGGAUGGAUAUAUUUUUUCUUAUUAAAAAAACCCGGAGGGGCGGGGUUAUGAAGUUUUAACAAAGACAAUACCUAUGAUAAAAGAGUGAAAAAAUAAUCAAAGAACUUCUAAUCACAAUUCUCCAUUUUUUCAAAUUGACCAUUUAAAAAAACAACUCCUUUCCAUCUAUUCUUCUUUCCUCCAAAUCCUUCAAUCCAAAGAUAUUAGUGAAAGAGAAGAUAAGAGAGUAGUGAAAUAUAUGUUUGGAGGAAUUAUGCUGCUACAGACGAGAGAGCUGCUGCUACCCGUUAUAUUUUUAAAAAAAGUAUAUAAGCGUGCCGUCUCUCUCCCUAACAUGUUCAUGGAUGAUGGCGAUAUCGGUAUGUAUUGGCGAUUGUCAAACAAACAAACACAGCCUUGCUGCUACUCUAACAAUGUAGUGCAUAAAUGUUUGCCGUUCUGUCCUCUUUCCUUGUGGAUAAAAACUUCUAAAGCCUUACGAUAAUUAGUACUAUGAUUUAAGUGCUGA